CAUGGCUGCAAGUCGGCUUUUGGGCGCGACGCCAGGUCUUCAUUCUGCGCUAGACCCUUUGUUGCUGCAGCACAUUUUUCGCGGUGGGGCAAGCGCAUCUCCUUGCGACGGAGGUUCUCUGGUCGCCCCGCUGUCCUAUCCCGGAGGGGAAGCAAGAC